CCGCGAUCAUUCAACCAUCUUCAACUAAUCCAUACCCUGACCACCUACAACCAUGGAACGCCUUCGCAAACAGAUGGCAUUUGACCCUAGUUUAUACCCAGAGUUCAAGAAACCAACUGAUGCAAAGACUUCAGAACUGCCAAGCGUAAUCUCUAUUUCAAGUUCUUCUACAUCUUCUGCAACCUCAACGGUGGCACCGACAGCUCGACACAGAGGCCGAACAACAAUCGUAAUAUCUUCUGACGAAGAAAACGAGGACUUACCUAUUGCCCAGUCGCGAUCCUCUGCUCAACCCCCACCAGCUGCUGCUCGUAACAAUUUCGUCAUGGAUACCUUGAAACAGGCCCUUCCCGUGCCUCCUCUCGAGCGCAAACAGGUGCCAGCACCUGUUCACAUUCCUUCAAACCGUGAUAUUCUUCCGGGCCCUUCCAACUUUAAUUCGAUGGUGGAUGCGUCCCAUCAGCCACACAUCUACGAGCCCCGGAUGUCCGCUACCGAGACUGAAAAGGCGUUGCGUGCUCUCGUAGAAGAUAGUAUCACCCCUGAUGAUGAAAUUGAGAUCGACAUGGAGGAAGCCAUUGUGGAGGGCUUCCAAGAUGGUAUUACACUUCUCCCGCAUCAGGUCCUUGGUCGUGCUUGGAUGCGUGAUAAAGAAACAGGUAAGAAGAGAGGUGGAAUACUUGCAGACGAUAUGGGUCUCGGAAAGACUAUUCAGACACUUACGCGAAUCGUCGAUGGUCGUGCCAAAAAAUCUGAUAAAGCGGACGGUUGGGCUGCCACGACCUUGGUCGUUUGUCCAGUUGCGCUCGUCUCUCAAUGGGCCUCCGAGAUCGCGAAGAUGGCUGUAGGAUUACGUGUGAUUGAACACCACGGACAAAGCCGUACCACGGACCCUCUGAAACUCAAGUCUGCACACGUUGUGGUCACUUCGUAUUCCAUUGUAGCUUCUGAAUACGCGACAUUUGCACCUCCCGCAAAGGACGAAUCCAAGUCCAAGUCAAAAUCCAAGAAGGCAGCAUCCCAAUCGGACUCGGACUCUGAUUCUGAUGAGAUUGUCACGAGGAAGAAGCCUGGAAGGGCAAAGGGCAAGGACGCAUUGUUCCGCGUGAAAUGGUUUAGAAUUGUCCUUGAUGAAGCACACAAUAUCAAGAACAGGAAUACGAAAGCGGCUAUUGCAUGCUGCGAACUAGAUGGGAAGUUUCGCUGGUGUCUUACAGGCACACCCAUGCAAAAUACAGUGGAUGAACUGUUCUCUCUCCUCAAAUUUAUCCGUGUGCGUCCGCUCAACGACUGGCAAAACUUCAACGAACAGAUCGCACAGCCUAUCAAGGCUGGGCGACCAGUACGUGCCCUUAAACGACUUCAUGUCGUUCUCCAAUCCAUCAUGCUCCGACGUACCAAGGAUUUCGUCCUUAAUGGAAAACCUAUCAUAUCCCUUCCGGCACGGCAUUUGACUGUUGUUCAAUGCAAAUUUGAUUCAGACGAACAAGCAUUUUACAGCACGCUCUCGAAACGCAUGACAAACGAACUUGACAAACUUGUUCAGGCCAACGAAGCGUCCAAGAAUUAUACUCACGUGUUGCUUAUGCUCCUGAGACUAAGGCAAGCUUGCAACCAUCCGUCCCUUGUGUACAAGGACUACCGCAUCGACUCUGAGGCCGCCGAGCCUCGCCCCACUAAGAGCGAUGAUGGUGAUGAAGAUGCCGACGAGCUUGCGACACUUUUAGGACAGAUGGGUGUCUCGAACGGCAAGAAAUGCCAGUUGUGUCAGGCAAACCUCACCUCUUCCGAUUCAGACCACUGUCCUGACUGUAUCGAAAUCGCUGCCAAGGCCCGACGCAAGUCUGUGGCCGCACCAACCGCUCGUGAUCCUAACUUACCUCCGGAUUCGGCGAAGAUUCGCAAGCUGUUGGAAAUUCUUCGGGAUGUGGAUGAACGAAGCGAGAGUGCUGAAAAAACGAUUAUUUUUUCUCAAUUCACCAGCAUGUUGGAUCUGAUCGAACCAUUUUUGACUGCGGAGGGAAUCAAGUUUGCCCGAUAUGAUGGAAGCAUGACGAAGGAUAAGCGUGAGGCAUCGCUGGAGAAAAUUCGAAACAGUAAGAACACGCGCUGUAUCCUGAUUUCAUUCAAGGCCGGAAGUACUGGGUUGAAUUUGACCUGCUGCAAUAAUGUGGUCCUCGUUGACAUGUGGUGGAACCCUGCGCUUGAGGACCAAGCAUUCGAUCGUGCGCAUCGCUUCGGGCAAACACGCGAAGUCAAUAUCUUCAAGCUCACUGUUCCCGAGACCGUCGAAGAGCGGAUCCUUGAGCUUCAAGAGAAGAAACGCGAGCUUACGAAAGCGGCGUUGAGUGGAGAGAAGAUGAAGAAUAUGAAACUCGGCAUGGAUGAUUUGUUGGCGUUGUUCAGGCCUGGGGCGCACCAUGAUGACGACGAUGAGGAAUGAUUGAAUGUUCGUACGUGCUAGACACGUUGAGGUCUUGGUUUCGAUCGUAUGCGUUUAUGCUGUUCUCGCUGUUGUUUUGAUCUACGUAUCAUUUCGUGCUUGCGUGCAAUGCUAUUCUACAUAAAUGCUGUUGAGCGCUGAGCAGUACUAUGUAGUGUUGAUGUCGA